GACACACACACACAGACACCUUUUCAAGUGCCUCUCGUUUGCCGUUGGCGUGCCCGCCGUGUGGUAACUGAGAACCGUACGUAUCCCCCCCCCCCUCACCCCGAAGACAAAUUGCCUACUCAUGAUGAUGAUUCAUGUUAAACGAGACAUGUGGGACGCGUGGAAGGCACAGCUGGGGAUGCUGGCGGACGCCGACUCCGUUUCAUCAGACGACAUUCGCCGCUGCUUGCAGUCACUCAACGAGAUAGCACACGAGACUUGUGAGACGCCGGCGUCACCAGGCGUGGCGGAAUGGACGAACUCGCCUUCUCCGUCGGAAAGGAAGGACGUGGCGACGCAGCUGUGCACCGUGCACCCCAUCAACUACACCCACCACAUCCUCAACAAAGUGAAAAGAGAACGGCAAGUGCGGGUACUAUCUACUCGCCUUGGGCAACUAGGUGCGACACUCUACGGGGUAGCGGACACCUUAUGGCGUGUCUUGUUGUGCGUACAUGAUGUCGAGAAACGCGGCGGCCGUGCACCCGACACUCUCCAUGAAGCGGGUCAGCCACCGUCGUCCUCUGCGCGCGUCGACCCAUCUCCACUGUCUCUGGAUGCAAACGCCGCGCCGUUCAUUCCACCUCAAACGUCGCGUUCCCUCCAGUCGCUCUUGGCGAAGAGUCCUUCCUUUGAUGCAGCGCUGCUAACGAGCUUCUCUAGUCGAACUGCUGAAAAUGUUCGAAGUGAGGUGGAGGCGGCGACACAGGCAUCGGAUGGUCUCUCCUUGCUGGGCGACUCCGCGGAGCUGCGCAAACAGCUCCCUUUCCUCUGCCGCCGAUGCCGGCAAGAUGGCCGAGCCAUGUACGUAUACGACAAGGAAAAGCAACAACUCGCGCACACGCAUGUUUCCGCUGCUCAGCCGGCGUUGGCGCAGUCCUCCUCGGCUUCUCGAAAUCCGCCGCGUCAGCCUCCCGCUGGGACCAGACUUGGUGUCCCUCCUCAGCGGCAACGAAAAGUCGUGAUGCCACAGAAGCAAAGGGGCGCGCUUCCUCACCUAUGA